UAUUGGAUUAGAAAAUGAAUUACAAUUUGCUCAUUGUCGCUAUAUUUAUUGUUUUUUUUCAGUCGUUCGUUAUAUUAUCUUUAUCAAAUAUCGUCGUUAGACCAAACGAAGUUGGUUGCGAAUAUAAUGGAACUUGCUUAUUCCCUCAUGAUCCCCAUGGGCCUCUAGUCUUGUGCGAAUACUUGCCACACGAAUAUUUAAAAUGUGAUGAUCCAGAAUAUGUUGGUGAUAAUGAGACAAAAAGAAAAGAGCUGGGCUACGGAUGUACAAAGUGGGGUGGUUUAAAAUAUGAAGAUGUGGAACACAGUCGAGUUAUGUGUGCAGUUCUUCCGGGAAUUGAGUGCUACGGCAAUAGGCAAUUCUUAAGUCUAAAAAGAUAUCCAUUUCUUCUAGGUUUCCUUGGUAUGGACAGAUUUUGUUUAGGUCAUACAGGUACCGCGAUUGGAAAAUUGUUAACGUUAGGAGGUGUUGGAAUAUGGUGGAUAGUUGACAUUAUAUUAUUAGUGACUGGAAAACUAAACCCAGCAGAUGAUAGUAACUGGAUGCCUUACUACUAA